UGCCCUCGUGCCUCGUCAGCGUCGGCUGCUUGUCCCGAGGGGGCCUGCACGCGGGAGGGCGUUGAGGGCUGCAGCAGGCCGGAGCUGAGUCUCUUCAGGGGGGCGUCGUUGGCUAGUGGGGUUCACCUGGUGACACUCCUGUUUAUGUCAGCAAGUGUGCUCAGUGGGUGAGACCCCGACCCAGCUCUCGGCGGGCAGUUGUGAAAGGUGAACAUGGGAAACGAUGUCGCUGUGGUCGCGAACUGCCGUCUGGGAUUCCAGGGCUCUGGCCUCCUGGAGCUGCCGGACUUGGGGAGGCCUUGUUGGGAGGACCCCUGCAAACGGCUAGAUUUUCUUCCGUUAACAUGUGAUGCAUGUAAACAAGAUUUCUGCAAAGACCAUUUUACUUGUGCUGCACAUAAAUGUCUAUUUGCAUUCAAGAAGGACAUUCGGGUCCCAGUAUGCCCACUUUGUAACAAGCCAGUUCCAGUAAAAAAGGGAGCAAUCCCAGAUGUGGUGGUUGGUGAGCACAUGGAUCGAGACUGUAGCUAUCAUCCUGGGAAGAAAGAGAAGGUUUUCAUACAUCAGUGCUCAAAACAGGGGUGCAAGAAGAAGGAGAUGCUGCAGGUGACUUGUGACCAGUGCCACGGCAGCUUCUGUAUUCAGCACAGACACCCUCUGGAUCACAGCUGCCAACACGGGAGCCGCGCCAUCAGCGUCGCCGGGUGUGCAGCUUCCAGGGCCUCUGAACCCAAGCCGUCCAAGCCAUCGGGAGCUUUACGUUCGUUGUCGUGCAGUUGGCUAGCUCAGCAACUCAGAUGGAAAGUAAAGAGAUGAUGUGGCUGUAUCUAUCCACAUGGGGACAUUAGCUUGUUUUGCGUAUUUUAACUUUAUAGACCACAUUUGUGCUCUAGCACCUUCAUACUUCCCAUGGCAAACAGUCUGGAAUGGCAUUAAAACUUUUACAGUAAAGUGUGCAAAUUUUGGUAAAAUAGAAGAAUGUUGAUAUUCUGAGUUUGGCUAAACUACUGCAUCAGCCUCUGCUUCCUCGCUCCUGCCUCCAAAUGCUGUGACCUGAAGAGCAAAGGAUCUGAGUGUUACCCAGCCUGAGCUGCGCAAAAACCUAGUGCUGUGGAAGCGUCUGUCCUUUACACAAGCACCCAGCUGAUGGCACUCUGUCUUUUCCACGUGGCUUCUGGAGUUUCCGUGGCUUCUGUGGUGACUGACCUCUGAGCCCAGAAGGGGGAGGCCUUGGGCUGCUUGGCUAAGGGCUCUUGUUCAGAGGUGGCCCCCAUUCUCAGAGAGCAGCCUUGUGGCCGUGCAGAUUGUUAAGUGCUGGGCUUCUACUGAUGGCCUCAGUCCAGGAGAGAGCACUGGGCAUUGAGAAACAGUGAAGCAAAAUAUCAUUGGAACCGGGUCCUGAUCUUAACCUGUGUACCCAGACCUCGCCUUGCUCCUGGGUUAACAGAAUCCAAGCAGUUACUCAGAGCUUCAAAAUGCCUUGCAGGGGAAGGGCUUUUGUGGAGUUUCCAUUCGCGAAUAGGGGAUCGCAACUUUCUAGGAGUUGUCUUGCUGGUGGUGGUUCUGAACCAGUGGGUCUCACACUUGGGCACACAGAGUCGCCCAGAGGGCUUGUCAGAAUGGUGCAAGGCCCACCCCUGCAGUUUCUGGUUGGAGUUUCUGCUUCUGUGGGUCUGAGGGGGCCUUGAGAAUUUGCACUUGCAACAAGUUCCCAACUGAUGCUGUGGGUCUGGGGACCCCACUUGGACAAUCACUUGUCCCGUGUCCUGUGUCCCUACAGUCCAGUACAUAGUCGUUAGCCACAGAUGUCAUGGAGCAUGUGAAAUGCAGCAAGCCCAACUGUGGGGUUGGAUUCUUAGUUUUAUUUAACUUAAAGGCUGUUAACUUUACUUCUUAGAAAAUUCUUCAGUACAUUAGGAACGUCGACAUGAGUCUGAGUUUUCAGUUGUGAAUUUUAAAUAUAGCUCAGGUCUUCCUCAUGAAAACUUCAUGUCCAAAUUGAGAAUCUAAAACACACGAACUUUGAAGACCAUACGAAAAAAAUGUAAAAUACAUCAUUGUUAAAAAUAUUAUUCACAUGUUGAAAUGAUAAUUUUGGAUGUGAUGGAUCAGAUAAAGCAAUAAAGUUAAUUUUACCUGCUUUACUUUUAA